CAAAAUGUCACUUUUUAUAAAUUACAUAUAAGUAAAGGUAGAUAUUUUAGAAUAUUUUUUUCAAUAUUAAAUCGUCGUUUUUCCCGUCACAGAAAAAAAUUGUGUAUUGUACACGGGAAAAACAUUAGAUUUUAGCUCUAAAAUCUGAUACUUUUUUCCCUUGUAUAAUAAAUAUUUUUAUAAGGUGGGCAGUUUUCUAUUAAAAUUGGUAUUUGAGUACUUCAGAAGUCAAUUACAGAUCCAAUAGGUUUUUAAAAAUUCAAAAUGGCGUUGAAAGAAAUCGUAUUUAAAUAAAAAUGGUCCCCUCUGAAUGGAAAUAAUAAAAAAAGCAUCCAAUCAUCGUUCAAUAACGGUGAACGUGGCGAAGAAAACCUGGCGGACGCGAAGUAUUAAUUCGGUUGGGAUCAAGACUAGGAUCAAUGGAGAGAGAAAGUAUGGCAGAUACUACAGAUGAAAAACAAGAAAGGAUAUAUGGGGGUUGUGAAGGUCCAGAUGCAAUGUAUGUAAAAUUGAUUUCUUCAGAUGGUCAUGAAUUUAUUGUUAAAAGAGAGCACGCCCUUACAUCUGGGACCAUCAAAGCAAUGUUAAGUGGCCCUGGACAAUUUGCUGAAAAUGAAGCAAACGAAGUUAAUUUUAGAGAAAUUCCAUCUCACGUUUUGCAGAAAGUUUGUAUGUAUUUCACGUACAAAGUUCGUUAUACCAACAGUUCUACUGAAAUACCGGAGUUUCCAAUUGCUCCAGAAAUUGCUUUGGAAUUGUUGAUGGCUGCAAACUUCUUAGACUGUUGAAAUAUUUUUCAAAAAUAAUUAGUUUUAUGAUUACUUAUAGAUACUCUCAACAAACAAGGUUUUAACAUGAAAUUUUCAUACUUAUUAUAUUUAAUAUUUAACUAUUUUGUUUUUUAUAUCCUGAAAUAAUUACCUAAAUACAGUAACACCAAUAGUUCUAUAUUGAGUGAAACAUUGUGUAAACAUUAAUGUAAGAUCAAUUGAAAACCUUUUUAUAAAAAGAUACAUGUCCAAAAUCAGCUUUUUUUCAGGAACACAAAAAACAUGUCAGUCCUAAUAGACCUUAUGAAAUUUGACAGCAGAUACCUCUGUUUGUGUAUUAUUUUUUUAGAAAUCACCAUUGCUGGUACAUACAAUUGGCCACUAAUUAUUACAGUUAAUGUAUAUGCCAAUCCUUACAAUAAUCCAUCCUAGGCAUGGAUCUUUUCAACCAGGUGUCAUACUGAUUCAUCAACAUUAGGGACAAAUAUCUUAAUACUGUUGUAAUAUUAACACAUUGCAUACCUAGUUUUAAAUAUGUGAAAGAAUGAUAUUUCUGCAAAUGUCUCCUCUUUCAUUUUAGUAAGGUAGGUAUGUUUCUAUUCAAGACAAUACUAUUCAAAUAUGAAUAACCCUACAGUAUAUUUUAAAUGGGGAAUCUCAAUGUGGCCUCUGCUGAACAUACUGUUAAAAAAAUAGACUGUUUGGUGGUGCAAGGUACACAAACUAUGUUUUCGUUAAUAACAUAUUUAUUUCUUACUUAUUACGAUCAUAUAAUACUUAAAGAACAGUAGUUUAUGUUAUAAGGACGAAAAGUUGACUUUUUCUGACGACUACGUGAUGUAGAAGUCCAAAAAUAAACUUUUUGUCCACUUCUUAUUCAUACAUUUUUUUUUAUUUGAAUGUGCUUAUAAAUAUUCACAAAAAAAUAUAGAAAAUUGCUGUCAGUGUGCUUAUAUCAAAUCAAUUUAUAGUUAAUUUCGUUUUUCUUAUACAAUUAUUGGUUUUAUUCAAAUUUGAUGUACAUGUGGAUAAUAGACUACUAUUUUACAAUAGCAAGUAGUAUUAAAAGGUAAACUAAAAAUAAAACGGAAUGUUUAGAUAGCAAAGCUGUUCCACAGUUAAUUUGUAGUAUAUUUAAAAGUUCUCCUUUUCGAUUAUGUUUCCUGUCCAAAAAAUGACAUUUGAUGACACAUUCAAAUAAAUAAAAGUUUAUUUGUGUUUCUCUUUGAAACAUGAACACAUUAGCUUAGCACACAUCUCGCAGUAGGUAUAACCAUUUGAGCCUUAAUUUGUACGGAAAUAAACCAUUUUUAGCCCUGAUUGUGUUUUACUCCUUUUUUGUUAUUAUACGUUGAUUAUUUUGGAGUCUUUCAUAUUUAUAACAAACAAAAAAGGAUUAAAACAAAAAGGGCUAAGCGUAGUUUAUUUCAGUACAAAAUACAUACAAAUCAUGUAAAAUAUCAUCAUGACACCUUGGCCUGCAAAGUGUUAAAGAAUUAUUACAAAUUCACUUCUUUGUUAGCUACGUACAGGAUGUUACUGUAUAUGUAUUCUUUUUAUUCACAAAAUAUCAAUUCAUUAUUUUUCAUCAUUUAUCUUUUUGUAGCCAUUAUUUUAUAUUUUUUAACUUAUUGGUGCUAUUAUAAAAGAAGUUUUAACCUUGUUAGUUGUGGGUAUCAAUAUUAGAAACUAUA